GCUGCACCAGACAGUGCAUAUUAAUUUCAGGGUUAGCCAACACACCAUUUUGAAUCUGUGCUCAGAAGCUAGCUAGCUAGCUAGCUUAUCGUAGCAUUUCCAGUGUGCUAGUAGUGCUGCUAGAGAGAAGAAAUCAAGCUCCAGCAAUGUCAAUGUGGACGGGACUGCACAUGACAGCGCGUGCCGCUCAUGGAAUUCAUGUUUCCUCGCGAUUUAUCCAUAAACACACGCGACUCUGCACCCGUUGGUCCCGAAACAUCAGCACUGGUAGACCCGUGCAAAAUGAUUUCUUCAAAGAUCUCGAGAACCAGUUCAAAGCGUUCAGGGAGAAAGCGGUAGACGCCAUGCCUGGCAGUGACUGGACUCCGUUUGAGAAGAACCGCUCACUCCCCCCUGAGAGGGCGGACAUCGUGAUCGUAGGAGGUGGCGUGGUGGGCUGGUCCAUCGCCUAUUGGCUGAAGCAGAAAGAGAUGAUUCGGGACGGGGUGCGGGUGCUGGUGGUUGAGAGGGACCCCACUUACUCCCAGGCCUCCACGGUGCUGUCUGCUGGGGGGAUUCGACAGCAGUUCUCCUUGCCAGAGAACAUCCACCUGUCCAUGGCCUCGGCUGACUUCAUGAGGAACAUCAAUGAACACUUGAGUGUGCUGAAUGACGACCCCGUGGACCUGCAGUUUAACCACUCCGGAUAUCUCUUUCUGGCCAGUGAAAAAGUGGCUCAUAUCAUGGAAGAAAACUACAACACCCAAAGAUAUGCUGGAGCAAAGGUCGCUCUUCUUUCACCCACACAACUAAAGGAGAAAUGUCCAUGGAUCAACACUGAUGGAGUAGUGCUGGCUUCAUAUGGGCUGGAGAACGAGGGCUGGUUCGACCCCUGGAUGCUGUUGAACGCUUUCAGACGGAAGGCCAUCUCCAUGGGGGUCUACCAGUGCUUUGGAGAAGUCACAGGUUUUAGGUACACCACAAACACAAUGACUACUGCAGAAGGAGACAAGGUGGAUUUCAGGAGAAUCAAAUAUGCUAAUGUCCAGAUGCCCAACAGUCUGGAGUACCAGCCUGUGGAGUGUGCCAUCGUGGUGAACGCUGCAGGGGCCCUCUCCGGUAAGGUGGCAGAGAUGAUGGGCAUCGGGCUCGGCCCGAAAGACACCAUCGCUGGAAUCCCGCUACCCGUGGAGCCCAGGAAAAGGUUCAUCUAUGUGGUCCACUGUCCAAACGGGCCAGGGCUGGACACUCCCUUCCUCGUAGACUACUCUGGAGUGUACUUCAGACGAGAGGGGCUGGGAGGAAACUACAUUGCUGGGAUGUCACCAGAAGAGGAAGAGGAGCCAGAGACCAAUAACCUGGAGGUGGACCACCAGUUCUUCCAGAAGAUCUGGCCUCAUUUGGCCCACCGGGUCCCUGCCUUUGAGUGCCUCAAGGUGACGAGCGCAUGGGCCGGCUUCUACGACUACAACACCUUUGACCAGAACGGCAUCGUGGGCAUGCACCCGCUGGUCAACAACAUGUUCUUUGCCACAGGCUUCAGCGGGCACGGGCUGCAGCACUCGCCGGCAGUGGGUCGCGCCAUGGCCGAACUCAUCCUGGACGGGGGCUUCAAGACCCUGGACCUGAGCGCCUUCAGCUUCAAACGCAUCAUGACCAAUGAACCCAUGUUAGAGAGGAACAUUGUCUGAGAGGGAGAGUUAGACAUUUUUACGAAGGGAGGAAAGGGGAAUGCCAUGUCCCAUUCUACAGCCUUGUGGGAAAUAUGGUUUGCCAAAGUUUCUGGUAAGGUGAAUGGUGUCCUAUUAAUUUCUUCACUAAAGUGCAUGAGGGAGUAACCGCACAUUUCACAAGCUAAAUUCAGUGGUCUACCGGUGAGACCAGAUGGCAGCGGACUCAGCCAAAGUGCUUUGCACUUGAACACAGUCACCCAUCGCUUGGGAGUGCUCAGAACUCCGACCGCAAGAAUGGAAAAAUGGGAUGCGUCAGAAAUGCAUCUCAGGAACGAGUGAGGGACUUUGUGGGAUGAGGAAGAGAAGAGGGUAGAAGAAAGAGCCCUGAAUUUAGGAUGCCCAAUAUCUAACCUACUGUACAAAGAAUAAGGUACUGACAUACAAUGCGUUAGCACAAUUAGAAAGGGUUUUAGUUGGAUAUUGGAGUAAUUUCCAUUCCUCCAAUGGUAAACCUGUAUUGAAUGACUUGAUUAUGCAUCUUUAUUUAUUUAACCAUUUUAACGAGACAUGUCACUUUACUCUUGAUCACGUAAGCAUUCAACUGUAUUUGUAUUAAAAAAAGUGAAGUCGGAAGUUUACAUACACCAUAGCCAAAUACAUUUAAACUCAGUUUUUCACAAUUCCUGACAUUUAAUCCUCGUAAAAAUUCC